AUGGUGCGACAGUUGGCAUUGGCGGGGAAUGGCGUGGAAUGGCGUGGCGUGGCGGACGUCCGGCGCGCGGGCCCGGCAAUGGCGCGGGAUACUAAAGCCGUCGUCGACGUGAGAAUGGCGCGCGACUCACUCGCGCCAUUACGCUUGGAAUGGUGCAGAUUACGCGAAGUGAUAUCAUACGGAGGCACUGAGGAGUCGGGACAUCAGCGGAGCAUCAACGAAACGCGUCGACGCACCCGAGAUAUUACCGAUGCGUUCGAAGCGCGUUCACCUGCGAUCGAGGUGAAGGUCACGCGCGUCAUGAACUAA